UGUUUUCAAAUCGCUUUUUUAUUUCUCACAUCGGUUAGAAAACUGGUAUAAACACAUCAAUAGAUAACUUACCCGGUUUACCUUCAAGUGCGUCGUGCUUUUAUAGUGAAGAUAUGUUUCUUGCCCUUACUCUUGCUCCUUCUCUUGAAUUGCUAUUUUCUGCAACUUCGUCGUAUUCAUUAACUUACUCAAGUUCGUUUAGCACUUCGAACCCCAAGUCCGCAGCGACGCCGUGUUUGAGAAGGAUAUUGUGCAGAAUUGCACAAGCAUAAAUAAUAUUUCCGGCUCGCUCGUGAGAAUAAUGCAAAACUCUAUGUUUUGCCAAGCACCUAAAGCGGGACUUUAAAACACCAAAAGCUCUUUCAAUGCAAUUUCGAGCCUUUGCAUGUAUGGUGUUGUAUUUAAUCUCCUUUGCAUUUGACGGCUCUGCGACUGGAGUUAGAAGCCAUGGUUCCAGUGGAUAACCAUGAUCUCCUAACAACCAAUUGUCGCGUUGACUGUUAUAAGUCCUUAGUAAAUGAGUACGUGUUGGAGAUUUAGUCCAGAUUCCUGAGUCAUGACAAGCAGCGAAAUACCAGAAAAGUGAGUAUUUAUGUAAAAUAGUUAAAAUUUAGUUGUUUUAAACCUUUUAACAUAUUCCAGACAUCCAAAAUACCACCGACCGAAAAUCCGACCACGCAGGGGCAGCUUCAGUGUUAUGUGCAAUUUUGCAAGGACCAUCCGGAGCUACAAACGGCAAAAAACAAGCCAAGUUCUCCGAAAUUGAUAGAAUCCCUGUGGAUGCAGCUAGCGGAGAACUUAAAUGCAAUGCGUGGGCCCACCCGCACGGUAGCGAAGUGGAAAACAUUAACCGGAUGUAAAAACCAGCUGCGGAGCAGAGCACGAAGGGUCGUAGAGCAUACAAAGGCAACAGGCGGUGGACCACCGACAGAAGAUGUGUCCGAAUUCGAGCAACAAGCGCUGAAAACAUUUGGGGUGGCAGCAGUAUAUGGUCGCUUAAACAUGGGUACAUUGGGGCAUGAGGAACCAACGUGCAACUCCCAACCAGUAGAAAUUGAUAUAAUUGAAACCGAGGUGGUCAUACCCAAUGACUUAGUUUUGUCCCCGAUGGCCGCUGGAGCUCAAGACUCUACACUGCUUCAAACACAACAGACUCCCGUUUCCGAAACACUCGGCUUAAAUGAUACCCCUACUGCCUCGACAGGUAUAAAAGACCACAAUCCACGAGUGAAAACAACGCAAGCCGUAGCAAGUUUAAAUGCUGCACUGCAUAGCCUUAAAGUUAAGGAUGAAAGAGAUGCUAGUCAGCAUGAGCUCCUGGUUGCUGCGCUUCAACAGCUGAACAGUUCAGUAAUUGAGCUGACCGAAGUGAUAAAGAAGCUGAACGCUAACCUUGACCUUUCAUAAUUUUAAAUAUAAAGUGGAACUAUUUAUUAUACACU